CUGUAUACAUUUCCGGUUCCGGUGUGGCCACAGCGUUGUGUUAUUUGUUUUGCAUUCAGCAGGAGAACCUCCGGGUCUCUUUGUCGUCUAUUUGUUUAUUUCUUGCCUCCCAGAUGUACCGAGCUCCGGUCAGACCCCAGCGGAGUCCCGGAGCUCCGAGGCCAGCUGGAAGGUUUCCCUCCCCGGCUUCGUGCUGGGGUUUCCCCAGGGAUCGCUCCCCCUACGGCGGCUCCGUGCACCGUGGAGGGUCUCCCCGUGGCGGUCCCGCGUACAGUCCGGGUUCUCCCGUCUUUUCCCCGAAUUCUAACCGAGGUUACAGGGAUGGUUCUCCCGCCGGGAUGGGCAGCGGGUCCCGGGGCUUCGGAGGGCAGAUGUGGCGGCGGAGCGGCGGCUUCCGGCGGCCUCAGUCCUUCAGUCCUUCAUCUCAGAACUUUCAGUGUGGCUCUUCAGACUCUUCGGUGGAGAAAUAUUUCAGUCCCUCGAUGCUGCAGGAUCCCUGGGCCGCUCUGCAGCCGGUCGCAGCCUCGGACAGGCGGACGGCUUCAUCCUGACGCCCUGACAGAAAACAGCAGCAUGAACAACAUCAGCAGUAAACAAACCUUCUGAGCAUGCUCAGUCACCAGCAGGCCCUGUUUCUUGGCAGCUCCACAAUUUAAACAAUAUCAGGGAUCAAACUGUGACGAUAAUGUUUUCUAGGAUGUUUUCUAACAGCUUUUAAAUCAGUUGAUGUUUUUUAUUUAGAUUCUUCUUUGUGUGUUUUCUUCAGUAAAAUAAGAAAAAAUAA